GGGCGUUCUGCUUAUUCCCGGCUUGUCAGUAACAAAAUCAAACUCCUCACUAGUAGCUAUAGAUUCGUUUGAUUUAACACUUAAAUUGUCUUCCAUAGCUAUCUAGAUGGAGACACAUCGUUCGAAUCCGUUUUUCAUCUUGUUGAUAAGUCGUUCGCGAUGAAGAUUCAGAUGGUUCGAAUAAAUCUUCCGAUGCAGAGCUUGCGCCGCUCAGUACGAAAAAUAUGAAACAAUUCAAGUAUUUAGAUAAUUUGGAAAAUGUUAGAAUAGAAGACGACGAUUCGGAUGAAGAAAUGAAGGAUUCUGGCAAGAAGUUGCCGAAGCAAGAAUCAAGGAGACUUUCAGCCGGUAAAGACUUUUCUUUACCGCCAGACGCACCUGUGAGAAAAUCAGCAUUGACAAAAGUAAUUAGGAAAAAUUCUAGUGGAAGCGAGGAAGAGGAAAGCAGAAACGAUGAAAUAAGUAAAAAUAUCAAAAUACCUAACGAAUACAACCCAAGUUUGUAUCAGAAUUUGGAUGUAGAUGAUGAUAUAAGAGAGUUAUUUCAAUAUAUAGUUAAGUAUAUGCCUCAACAAUUAACUUUGGACUAUAAAUUCAAGCCUUUCAUACCAGAUUACCUGCCAGCUGUAGGCGAUAUCGAUGCAUUUUUAAAAGUUGUUCCACCUGAACCUAGCCUUUUAGGAGAACAAUUCAACAUCAAAGAACACCAACUUGGAAUUUCUAUACUAGAUGAACCUGCUACCACUCAAAGUGAUUCUGCUUUGCUUCAUUUGCAGUUGAGAGCUUCAAACCUUGGAGUUCCCCAAGAUACAUCGAAUGUGAUUGUCAAAAAAGUGGAUAAGGUGGAUAAAAACCAAAAAGUAAUUGACAAAUGGAUCAAAGACAUAUCAGAUUUGCACAAAAGCAAAUCAUCACCCUUCGUUCGAUAUACAGAGCCGAUGCCUGAUAUAGACGAUCUGAUGCAAGAAUGGUCUGAAGAAAUGGAAAACCGUCUGAAGGAACAUGGAUUUCCAUCACCUGAACCAAACAUGUCUUUGGAUGAGUAUCUAGAAUUGGUUUGCGAUUUAUUCCAGAUACCAACAUCGAAAAAUAAGAUCCAUUCCUUGCAUGUACUUUUCUCAUUGUAUGCUGCAGUGAAAGAUUCUAAAUUUUACAAGCCAGCCAUAGAUGAAGACAAAAAAACCGAAGUGAUAGAUACAAAUAAAGAUGAACCAGAUCAACUUGUUCUAGACUAGUUAUAGGAUGUGAAUUAAAGUUUUAACAAGUUUU